AUGAAAGCGGGGCUCGAUACCACCCAAGGGAGGAUUUCGGACGUACUCCAUGUCACAAAUGAGAUCACCGGAGAGGAUGUACUCGAAGCAGUGCCUUCUACAGUUGAUAUAUUUGGUGCUGGAGGCGCUGAGCUUCGGCUGGACACUGGAGGAGACGAGGACUCGGGCGAUGACAAGAACGAUGAAUGUGACAAUGAUGAUAACGACGCCUUAUCAGAUAGGCUCGAUUUUGGAUCAGAUGAGGGGCCAAUUGAAGGCUUUGCGGGUGCACUUGUUAUCGGCGUGGAAGUAGCAUCGGCAGAGUUGCCAGACGAUUGCGCCAGAGGACUGGACAAGACUGUACUUGCAACAUGA